ACUAAAAAGAUUUUGAGGGAAUGAUCCUGCUGCUCACCAAGGGGAUCCACGGUGGCUUCCUGACGUCCGCUUUAAGGAAGUCCGAAACUUAGCCUGCUUACCCACCGGUUAACUUUUUUUAUCCAGUAAACUGACUCGUGAUGUCUGGCGAACAGGGGGGACAAGAGGCUAUGAACGUAUACUCUGUAACCCUCAGCGGCCCAGCGCCUUGGGGCUUCCGGCUGCAGGGUGGCAAGGACUUCAGCAUGCCCCUCACCGUAUCAAGGCUGACCCCGGGUGGGAAGGCAGCUCAGGCUGGCGUCGGGGUGGGAGACUGGGUGGUGUCCAUUGAUGACUCCAAUGCAGAGGACAUGACCCAUGUGGAGGCACAAAACAAGAUCAGAGCAGCAACAGACUCCCUCACCCUCACCCUCAGCAGCAAAGCUUUCAAAGCGGGUGGAGACCAGAAGGACUCGCUUGCUUCGGCUUCUGUUCAGCCAAAGUACUCCUUUGCCCCCAGCACAACCAUUAACAAGAUGGCGAGGCCAUUUACAGCAGGUGGUGGUAGUGCCAACUCAGGACCUGCUAUUAAACCUGUGGCCUACUCGCCUAAACUUAACACUCCGCACUCACAGGGCCGUGCCAGCAUGCAACAGCCACAGAACGGGCACGGCCUCAGGGUGGAGAACCUGCCGUGUUUCAUCCCCAACGACCGCAGCAAGAAGAGGCUGAUCCAGGACACCGAGGACUGGCAGCCCCGCACCGGCACCACCCAGUCCCGCUCCUUCCGCAUCCUGGCCCAGCUCACAGGCACCGACUUCAUGCAGGACCCAGAUGAUGAAACCAUGAAGAGGUCCAGCCUUGAGCCAACUCCCUCACCUGCCAAGGUCCAUGCAGCAGAUAAACCAGAUGGCCUAGAAUCCAAGACUGCAGCUGCAGCAGGCAGUUCAGGUCCUUCCAGUCGACCACCGUGGGUCACUGACCCUAAUUUCGCCAACCGCUUUCGUCCAGACAAGACCAGCACCAUUGUGACCCAGCACCAGCAGCCGGUCCAGCCGACGCCUAUGCAGAACCGCAGCUCCAUCCUGCAGGCGGCGCAGCAGGCACCCGAAGACAGCGGGAGGACCCCACUAUGUGGUGCCUGCAACAAAAUCAUAAGGGGUCGGUACCUGGUGGCGCUGGGACGUUCUUGGCAUCCGGAGGAGUUUACGUGUUCACAGUGUAAAGUGGUCCUGGAAGAGGGGGGCUUCUUCGAGGAGAGAGGGUCUGUCUACUGUACCAAGUGCCAUGAUAACCGAUAUGCUCCAAACUGCGCCAAGUGCAAAAAGAAGAUUACAGGGGAAAUCAUGCAUGCCCUGAAGAUGACCUACCAUGUUCAGUGUUUCAAGUGUGCAGCCUGCAAGACUCCCAUCAGGAACCAAGCCUUUUACAUGGAGGAGGGCGAACCCUACUGUGAGAAAGACUAUGAGAAGAUGUUUGGCACCAAAUGCCAUGGCUGUGACUUUAAGAUUGAUGCCGGGGAUCGGUUUCUGGAGGCCUUGGGCUACAGCUGGCACGACACUUGCUUCGUCUGUGCUCUCUGCCAAAUCAACCUGGAGGGGAAGACGUUCUACUCGAAGAAGGAUAAGCCCCUGUGCAAAGGCCAUGCCUUUGCUCCAGUGUGAGAGCGAGCUUCGUCUUCGGAGGAAGGAACACCUCUCUCUCUCCCUCCUCUUUUACCUGCUUCGCCCUCCUGCCCACUCGUACACACUCUACAUCUCUAGUUUGCCAACCACACACCUAGUUAAACUCGGCCUCUUUUUUUUUUCUGUCAUGCUGACUUUGUUUCUAUAUUUGUUGACUUUAUGUACUAUUACUUUACUGUGCUGACAGGACAGUUCAAAUGUUACCGCCUCUAACACCAAAUGCUGUGUUGUAUAACUGGAGGUAGUCAAGGAAUUAUUUCAUGUCGUCACUAACUUGCUGACUUUUCAAGUGGACAUUAAAAAUGCAGCUCGUCUAGCUUUAAUUGUAGUUGUAAGUGAAAAAUUCUCACGACUCUACUAAUCUUCUCCUUGUUCAGUCUGAAGUAAGAUCAAGUUAGUAUCUUCCAAGUUGGAGGAUUCAUUUAGCCCCUAAUAAUCUCACAUAUUGCAGUAAUGAUCUGCCACUACUCCUGUACUAAGUGCAGAGAAGUGAUGGCCCCAUUCAGGACUCUGGCCCACUCAGUCACUCUUACUGCAGUGCCUAUUAAUGUAAUGGUGGUCCAGUCAAGCAGAAAAGGGGGUGUCCCAUUUCUGCUUGACUGGACCCCUGCACUUAGGCUCUGGAAAAUCAGAGCACAUACUGCAGUUAACUGUAAUUUUGUGUCCGUUAAUAGUCACACAUGUGGGUGACAGACAAAGUGCUGUUAAUGUUUUUAAAUGUUUCGCACUUCUAAGGUAAGGCGAUUUGUCAAAGCUUUGAAAUUAUCAUUUAUUGGACAUUUUAAUGUAAGAAAAAAAACACAUAAGGUGAUUUUGUCCCUCAUGUUACUAUAAUGUUGUGAUUGUUCCGUAGAUUACUUUCAAGUCAUGGUUAAAUAUGUAUUUAUAUUGCUUGAGAAUGGACCUGUAAGUGUUGUUUUUAUAGCUGCUGUAUAUUUCAAAUAAAAUGAAUUAGUAAUGCCA